UCCGCUAAAUCUACGAGGAAUUCGUUCAUCUUUGUUGCAUGUCAGUUCUGGGUUGAUGGGAACAUGUAAUUUUCCCCCCCGGAAUUCUGACGAUUUCCGCCCCCCUGUUCCUUUUUUAAAAAAAAUUGUUUUCGAGAACGCACCAUUCUUGUACUUAUCGGGUGCAGUGCUCCCUGUUGGUCUAGCAGAGUCCACGGUGAGGAAGAGGACGGGUAGUGUGGAAGGGAUGAGUUCGCACGCGCUGCCGGCGCCGGGCGCCGGCUCGCAGUGGCAGCCGGCCCACGUCCACCAGCUUCAUGCCCACCUGCUUGUCUCCGGCCGCCUCCGAGGCUCGCCCGCAAUCGCCGCGCUCGCGCUGCUCCGCGCUGCCUGCCGCGUGCGCGCGUCCCCCUGCCUCCGCCCGCUCGCUCGCCACCUGCUCGACGGAAUCCCUCACCCGACCCCGCAACUCCUCCACGCCGCCGCGCGCCUCGCCUCUCGCCUCCGCCUGCCUUCCCUCGCGCUUGGCCACUACCUGGCUCUCCGCGCACGCCACUCGGCCUUCCUCCCGCCCGCCCCUGCCAUCGCGGACGUGCUGAAGUCCACUCCUGGCCGCGCCGCGCACGCUCACGCGCUACGUGUCGCCGCACAUGCGGUGGACGCUCGUUUCCUGGACAAUACACUCAUAGCCAUGUACUUUGCCUGUGGCGACGCCUUGAGUGCACGUCAAGUGUUUGAGGGAAUGUGCGACCGGGAUGUUGUCUCAUGGACUUCACUAAUAUCGGGGCUUGUGCAGAAUGGCUGCCCCUUGCUGGGGCUCCAUCAUUUUGCAUCAAUGAUGCAUAGUGAGGUGUGCCCUGACUUCGUGUUGCUAGUAACUGUCCUUAAAGCGUAUAUGGAGCUUGAUGACUUGCCUGGUGCCACAGCAGCUCAUUCCUUUGUUGUCAAGAGUGGCUUUGACAAUGAACUAGAUGUGGCGAUCACGCUGACAUCCAUGUAUGCAAAGUUUGGGUGCAUUAUGGCUGCCAGGGCACUCUUCGACAGGGUGCCAAUCUCACGGGUCAACGUGAUCCUUUGGAAUGCCAUGAUAUCAGGUUAUUCUAAGAAUGGCCUUGCCAAUGAGGCGGUGCAACUUUUCAAGCAGAUGAGGAAGGUUGUGAGGAGCAUGACACCCGACUCUGUUACCUUACGGUCAGUGAUCCUGGCUUGUGCUCAACUUGGUUCCGUUGAACUUGCGGAGUGGAUGGAGGACUAUGUCCGAGGCAGCGAUUAUAAGGAUGAUGUGCUUGUUAACACAGCACUGAUUGACAUGUAUUCCAAGGCAGGGAGCAUUGACCGUGCACAUACAGUCUUUGAACGGAUGCAUGUGAGGGAGCGGGAUGUGGUCGUUUGGAGUGCACUUAUUGGUGGUUACGGAGCGCAUGGCCAUGUAAAGGAGGUCGUUACCUUGUUUGAGGACAUGAAGCGUGCUGGGGUGAAACCGAAUGAUGUGACAUUCCUGGGCCUCCUCUCAGCUUGCAACCAUAGUGGUGCCGUGGAGAAAGGGUGGAGCUACUUCCAUUCCAUGAAACAUGACUAUGGGAUUGAGCCCCGGCACCAGCACUAUGCUUGCAUGGUGGACCUGCUUGCUCGUGCUGGUCAUCUUGACAGGGCUUACCACUUUAUAAUGGACAUGCCCAUCAAACCAGAGAUGAGUGUGUGGGGUGCCUUGCUUCACGGUUGCAAGAUGCAUGGACACUCAGACAUGGAGCUGGCUGAGUUUGCCGCGCAGCACAUUUUUGAGCUGGAGCAUUCCAAUGCAGGGCAUUAUGUGCAGCUUGCAAACUUGUAUGCAUCUGCAGGAAUGUGGAGCCAUGUUGCUGGUGUCAGGCUCACCAUGAGAGAGAGGGGUGUUAGCAAGGCAACAGGGUGCAGCUCCAUUGAUAUCAACGGGGAGAUGCACUCCUUCCAUGCAGGGGAUCAUUCACAUCCUAGGGCUGCUGAGAUUUUUGCAUUGCUUAGUCUUCUUUCUCCAACUCCAGCUGGAGGUGGAGGCCGACAAUAUUUUUUUUGAAUGGCCCUUUUCUCCCUCGUUCUUCCUGAGGGAGCAUGUAUAACAGUUAGGCAAAAUUGGUCGUAUCCAUAAUUCUUUCCCUUGGCAUAA